UUCCUUUGAUUCUCCAAUGCUACGAUCCGUUCGAAAUUUCAAGUAUUUUACAUGGCUUGGAGUGCGUCGUCAGUGUGCCGUAUUGGCCGCUUCGGACCGGAGUGAUGUCCACCUGGUACUGCCAACGGUCCCGUCCUCCGAGUUCGCUAAAAGACUUCGACCGCUCCCAGUGCCCGACCUGAUCGAAAGGUUCUCCCGAGACUCCCCCGGAGGUCAGUUCCCCACAAUGGCCGAGUACCUGCACAACGACCCGAUGCCCAGUGCAGUCAUGGUGCCCGAAGAGAUCGACCUGCACCGAUCAAUGGCCUUGGAGGAUCUUAAUGCCUAUAUGCAGGCAAAGGACGCGUUUAAGGAGUCGCAGAGGAAAAACCGGAUAUUUGCACACGUUCUGGUGGUGGCCGGGGUCGACUCACUCCGCAGAUGCCCUUUGCGGCAAAAAUGCGAGUUUCUCUAUCUCUGCGACUGCUUGAGGCCAGGCGCGGCCCUGGUACUCCAUCGCAGCCGGAAGGGAAAGGCUGGCGCGCUGCUCUUCCUUUCCGAGGAAGUUGACUCCCAGCUGUCCACGAUUUAUAGCCAUAUGCACCACGUGGACGAUGUUCUACCCCUAACCAUGCUAAAGAAAAGUUUGCUGCGGUUGCUAAGGGAUCAAACUCCCGAACUGUGGCACUUUUUCGAGCCCUCGAAUCCAGUCAGCCGGAUAGUAGAAGAGGUAGCCGUGGAGGCCAAGAAACCACUAGGUAACCCCCGGUACAUCCUCCAGUACACACGCACCUUUAAGACACCCCGGGAGCAGAGUGCCCUGCGGCGGGCUAACGCAAUUGCCGCCGAAUCCAUGGCGGAGUUGAUAGCCCAGCACCAUCGCAAUCCAAAAGAGCUGACUACAUCCUUCGACUACAAGUGCCGUAUGCGACACGCCCAUCCAAACGUGUCACCAGUGACCUGCGGCUUGGACGCCAAUGGACUGUGGCAAAUGGAUGCUGGCUGCCAGUACGGAGGCUACCAAGGCGCAUUGGCCAGGUGCUGGCCCAACUCAGGCCGAUUCACGCCUCCCCAAAAAAUGCUUUACGGUGCACUGCUGGACAUUCGCCGCGAUCUGUGCUCGUUAAUACAGUCCACUGGAAAUGAGGGUACCGUUCGCACACCUCUCGAACUGCAUGCCGCAUAUCUAAUCCUGCUGGCGCGACACCUUAGGGAGCUCCGGAUCUUGCCCCAAGGCAACAGGAGUGCAGCCGAGACUGUCGAGGUGGCCCGCAAGUACAACUGUACGCCAAUUGUCGUCUCGCACGUGGGCCUAGAUAGUCGGGACACCAGUCGAAGACUGCUCGACUACCCAUUCGCACCCGGAAACGUGGUGUCGCUGCGCCUGUCCAUCUCCAUUCCCGACGACUGCUGUCAGGCGUAUCCCGAGUUUAGGGGCACGCUCUGUCAGCUGGGCGACACCCUUCACAUACGGGAUGACUACUCCGUGGAGGUGCUCACUGCCCGCUGUCCCAGCGAGCGGCAGGCAAUUGAGGCCGUAUGCUCACCUGCCAGUCGAGUUAGAACGCCACGAUUAUGGGAAGACGGUGGUCAGGACGGAUCUAAUGAUAAGCGCCAGCUGAAUGACCUCGCCGAGGGAAACUGAAAAAAAAGAAAUUGUUCACGAACGGCCGCGCUGAAAAGGCCAUCAUCAGUUAUCUUGUGGAAUUCAAUGCGUGUAUGUGAUGUUUGUGGAUAUUAAAAAACGAUUUGUUAUAGUAAGACUUCGGACUAUAAGUGAUUACAUCCUUGUGAUAGCUAAAAAAUUAUUUUUUCUAAAC